AUGGCGCCCGGACUCGUGGAACCCCAGUACCAGCCCACCGCCACAUCCACAUCCCUCUCCACAUCAAAGUCUAGCAACGCCCACAGCUACGUUCCUGGCCGCACAACUGUCAAGAAGCAUGCUGUUCCUUACAAAUACGAAGAUCUUCGGCCACACUUCCCCACCAUCACAUGGCCAGCCUACACGGAGAUCCCCUACGCCGACAAAGGCCAACUAGGCGAUCCAAACUUCAAGAACCUCCUCGCAACCGCCACAGAUGUCUUCGACUACAACCCAAAGAUCGGCACCGAGGUGCACGGUGUUGAUCUAGCAAAUCUCACAGAUGCUCAGAAGAACGACCUUGCCCGACUGAUUGCUACGCGUGGUGUGGUGUUCUUCCGGAAUCAGAAGAACUUCAGCAUCGACGAGCAAAGGGAGCUUGGCAAGUACUUUGGUGAGCUCCAUAAGCAUGCUACAACUGGUGUACCGAAGCGCGAGGGUUUGGAAGACGUCCAUGUGAUCUACACCGGCGAGGACAGCCCAGACCUGAGGGCGUUGUUCACACCGUCGUUCCUCUGGCACUCCGAUGUGACAUACGAACUGCAGCCACCUUCCUACACCUCCCUCAAAGUCCUCACUGGCCCACCUCGUGGCGGCGGUGGAGACACUCUCUGGUCUUCGCAAUACGCAGCUUACGAUAUGCUAUCGCCACACAUGCAAAAGUACCUCGAGGGCCUCACUGCCCUACACUCGGCUGAGCUCCAAGCCCAGGGCUCACGCGAUCUGGGACGAACUGUACGCCGCGACCCUGUCACCACCGAACACCCACUCAUCCGAACAAACCCCGUCACGGGCUGGAAGAGUAUCUUCUUCAACCCAGGCUUCGUAACAAAGAUAGUUGGUGUACCAAAGACGGAGUCGGAUCACAUCAUCAGUUUCUUGACCGAGAUUGUCGCAACCAGCCCAGAGGUUCAUGCUAGGUUCCAGUGGAACGAGGGUGAUGUAGCGUUCUGGGAUAACAGGGUCACAAACCACUCCGCUACUUAUGGCUUCGCACCUCACCGCCGACACGCAGUCCGCGUAACCGUCCGUGCUGAACGACCGUAUCUCGACCCAAAGAGCAAGUCGCAAGAAGAAGAGCUGAGCGAGAAGUACGGAGUCCCGAGGGCGAACAAGGAUGGAAGCGGUGUUGUCAACUACAAUGACUGA